AUGUCAAAUAUAUUUACGGACACUGAGAUGGAGGAGCAAUACCAAGAGGACGAUGACAUUAACCAACAAGAAGAGUUAGUUUGUGACCAAGAUAUGAUGGAUGAACAGAAUGAAUCCCUUGCAUUUGAUUUUUAUCUGAAAUACUCAAAGUCAAAGGGUUUUAGUGCAAGGAAGAGUAAGACUUUCAAGAAUAGUAUUGGCGAGGUUUACAAACAAAAGUUUGUAUGUCAUAGGCAAGGAUUCAGGGAGGAGAAGUAUUACACGAUGAAAAAAAGGAAGAAGGAGCCUAGAUUGGAAACAAGAACUGGGUGUGAAGCCCGAAUGGAUGUUAAAUUUGUACCUGAAACUGGAAGGUGGCAUAUCUUUUAUUUCUCUGACAAACACAACCAUAAUCUAUUGGAUACACAAUUUAGUGCUAUGUUGCCUGCCCAUAGAAAAAUAUCAGAGGCAGAUAUUAUGCAAAUGAUGAACAUGCUAAAGUCUGAGAUUAGCACUUCACAGAUAUUUGGUCUUCUAGCUAGCCAAGCAGACAGGUAUGAAUUUGUUGGCUAUGGUCCUAGAGAUAUGUACAAUGAGAUUGCAAGGCAAAGGCGUCAAGUUCCUGGUAAUGUAGCACGAGUGUUGAAGAAGUUGGAGGAUAUACGGUUGAAGGAUCCACAAUUAUAUUUCAAGGCAUGUCAUGAUUCAAUAGAAUUUGGCCUUGAGGAUAAGCCGUGGGUAAACAACAUAUAUGAAGAGAAGCAUAUGUGGGCUACUCUAUAUAUAAGAGAGAAAUUUCAAAGGUGUGUUGCACACUUGCGCUUUAAAAAAUUUAAUGAUGAUUAUGAAUCUACACGUGGGGUGUCCGUCAUGCAGACUUGUAUAGAGCUGCUAGAGAGAUUUGCUGCUGAGGUAUACACUCAGGAGAUAUUUCUAUUGUUUCAGCAUUUUCUUUCUAGAGUUGGAUCAACGCGGGUGCUAAACAUAGAGAAUCACGAUAAUUACUUAAAAAUGGAGUCAUUUGGAAUUCUUUGCGAACAUAUUGUGAAAGUUCUGGUUGACAGAGACAUUUGUGAGAUUCUCUGGUCAUUAGUGUUGGAUAGAUGGACAAAGAAGGUGAAAUCAGCACUCAAUGAUGCAAGUGGGUUCACUAGGAAUGCUGUUGUUAUUAGUCGUCAAAGUGCCUUGAUGGAGUUUUCUAAAUAA